AUGGGGAAGUUCAAAGAUGGACUGGAGGAUUUUUACCAGAUUGGGAAGUCUUAUCCUUGCGUUGAGGUAUUAAAAAAGAAGAGCAAGGAAAAUGUUUCGAAAAUAGAAGCACAACUUGCAAAUGAUGUUGUGCCUUUUACUUUUAUGACACUAAUGAGAAUUAUUAGAGAUGUAAUACUACAAAUGGGCAGUCCUGCUCCAGUUAUUGUCUCUGAAGGUCUUAAUACUAUGGAUGUGGGGCGAACAGUAUUAGUUCAGACAGAACCAAGAACCUGGUUGGAUGCUGGGACGUGGGGGAAAAUAGGAGUUGGUCUCGGGUACUACAUUGCAGUUGCUAUUGCCUCACCUGAAAGACUUGUAGUUGUUGUGGAAGGGGACUUUGGAUUUGGCUUCAAUGCCAUGGAAUUUGAGGUUUCUUGUCCUUUAUUUCUUAACGUCUUUUGA